UAACUUUUUGUGGUCAUUUUUCUAUAUCUAUUGUGCAAGUCCUUUGUGAUUCACGGCUUUUAGUCUUCGAUGUAGGUAACUUUGUGAAAUAAUAGAACUUAUAUUGAAAUAUUCUUGUUUGGUUUGGAAUUCGUGAUAACCAAUGCUAGGUUUAUUGUACGGCUCUCUAAUACGAUUAACUAUAAGGCUAAUUCUCACUUGAACACUUUUUACCGAAAAUAGGUGCGAUAUAUUGUUUCACACUUUUGGUUAAUGCGAUAGACCUCUUUUUGUCAAAUUCUAUAAUUUGAUAACGAAAUAAAUAAACAUGCAACAGAAUAGCGAUUUAAACUGUGAGGUUGAUAAUUCAGCGAAUUUUCCUCACUUUACCGAGAGAAGUGAGAAUUUUCAACAGAACAAUGAUCUAGUGUCUUGUUUGAAUGAACAAUACGCCGAGAGAAAUCUUAAGGGUUAUUACUGCGAGUACAACUCUCCAGAAACAGCAAAACAGCAACAAGACAGACGAUCAGCGCCAUACGUUCAAAUAUCACCGGAAAAAUCAUCAGAAGAUGGGAACGAAGAUCACGCAAGUUCCGACGGUGGAUAUUCGUCGCCAGGUGGCAGUGAUGGACCAAGUUUUAUCUCAUUACAGCCUGCUAAUAUGGAGCAUAUGCAGAAAACAGCCGCCAUGGAGUAUCCUCCUCAAUACCAACAACAACAGCAACAGCCGGAAAUGCAUCAUCAAUAUCAGCAGUAUUCUGGGUACGAAACCGUCCCGUACUACCCUCCUCCUCAAAGCUAUGAUCCUGCCUCGCCUCCAGCUCAGUGUGGUGGCAUACCGCCGUCCAUACAGAACAUGUCGUGUCUCUCGCCACCUCAACAGAUGCCACCACAGCGGCAGGUUUGUGUGUACCUGUGUAACAGAGAACUCUGGGUAAAGUUUCAUCAACACACGACAGAGAUGAUAAUCACUAAACAAGGAAGACGGAUGUUCCCAACACUACAAUAUAGUCUGACCGGAUUAGAUCCACACAAACAGUACAACGUAUUUGUGGAUAUGAUUUUAGCUGAUCCACAUCACUGGAAGUUCCAAGGUGGAAAAUGGGUGCCAUGUGGACAAGCUGAGCCUGUACCACAAACUGGUAAAGUGUAUCUUCAUCCCGACUCGCCAAGUUCCGGUGCUCACUGGAUGAAGCAGGACAUAGUGUUCAGCAAACUGAAACUGACUAACAAUAAAAACAAUCCAGGAGGACAUGUUGUUUUGAACUCCAUGCACAAGUAUCAACCUCGUAUACACGUCAUUGAAGUUGGCGGAGGACAAGGAGACCAAAAGAAUCUUAUGACGCAUGCGUUCCCGGAAACACAAUUUAUAGGUGUCACUGCUUAUCAGAACACAGAUGUGACUCAGUUGAAAAUUGAUAACAAUCCAUUUGCCAAAGGAUUCAGAGACAAUUUUGACAGAAAUUGUGAUAUUGGAACACCUCCUCCUGCCUACCCGAUGCUUACAAUGGCGCAACAACAACAACAGCAGCAACAACAGCAAUACACAUUCCGAGAACACAUGUACACAGAUGCACAUGGGCAGUUUGUUUCUAGAGUUCCCACAUCUUUCGCAGCAGACGACAGAGAUAUGUUGCAAUUAAACCGGGAACAAGCAGAGCAUCUUCGAAAUGCAGAAAUACAAAAGUGGCAAAUGUCCCUCAGAGAAUCAGAUAAUCAUCAAAAUUUUGAUAUCACAAAAAGGAACAAACGAAAAAUGGAGGAUAAUAUGGGAAAAGAAAGUGAAGAAUUUGAACAGAAAGACGCAUUUGGAACCGAAUAUGGAGCUGGACUUCCUGUUUCUUCCGGUGAUAAUUCUUAUCCAUAUACAGCUUUUGUCAAACGUACAAAAUACGAAGAAGAGGCAUCAACAGACGUGAACGGGCACCUUGCCAAAGAACAAGCAGGAUUUGGUAGUGGGUACCAGUUUAACGGUGUCUAUGAAAACAAUACUGGAACAUAUGCUGAGCCUGAUAAUAGAACACCGUCAUACGAAACGUACAAUGGUAUGCAUCAGCUUUACCAGCAGUCACGUGACGUACGACCGUCUGCUGUUUAUUGAAUAUUGUGUAGUGACAAUUAUGUUAAUUUAUUAAUUGGUUGUGGCUCCGGAGCAUGAUCUAUUGUCAUAAAUAUUUGUCAUCCAUAUUCAUGCAUCGGAGUUUUAUCCAAAUAAACUCACCGUAGAUCCACACGGCAAGUCAUCCAUAUUCAUACAUCGGAGUUUUAUCCAAAUAAACUCAUCAUAGAUCCACACGGCAAGUCAUCCAUAUUCAUACAUCGGAGUUUUAUCCACAUAAACUCAUCAUAGAUCCACACGGCACAUAUCGCUACAUAAUACCUACAUACAAUUACGCUAUUUUUGAUAACAUGAUGAGAAGAUAUAUCUUUAUUAACUUGAAAUGUAUUAUCAUUUUAGCCAGUUGACCGGAAACAAAACAUUAAAAACGUUUCCUGUUAAUAUUCAUGACAGCAGAGCCAUACAUUGAUAAUCUAAUCUUCCAACUGCCCCCGUUCAAAGUACGAGCGGCUGAAGUUCGCACAAUGAUAGAACAAUUAUGGACACUGGAAUUAUCCGUAACUUUACAAGGGUAAAGCAACCUAGAUCGCUGAACCUGCCGAUUCCAGCUUUAAGAAAGAAUACAACGGACUAAAUCGGCUGCUGUCGGUCGUCCAAUGAAAUCGCUAGAUUCUAUCAGUAGCGGGAUAAAUAUAUAAUACAAACAUCGGUAACAUAUCAUAUUCACCUACAUAAGUACUUGUCUCCUUCCAAGGAUAGAUGUUGUCCGUUCAAGUCAAAUGGUUUCACAAAGACAUCAUAUCUCAUUAUCUUAUUUAUUAUUCAUAUCUAGAAUUCAUUCAUUGUCUUUACCAUUAAAUUGUUCGAAAAUAAGGGAACAUUAACAUUUUAAUUUAUAUUAUCAUUUACAUAUCAUAUUCAUAAAUGUGAUUUUAGGUCCAUUUCAUCCUAUUUUAUUUUGUCUUUUAUUGUUGGUGCUUAUUUUUACAUGUUAU